AUGGCCACAGUAUUACCAUCCCCAACUGUCUACAAAGAAAAAGAGAUCUUCUCCAUUGCAAACAAAGCCCUAAAACUAACCACAAAGGAAGACAUUCAACCACAUCUCGAUUCCCUUUCCAAAUAUGAAAAAGUUUACAAAAUAGAUCUAUCAGGUAACACCAUCGGGAUUGAAGCCUCUAAAUCUCUCUCAGACUUCAUAUCCACUAACUCAAAUAUCCAAUCGCACUUACAAGAAGUAAACUUCGCAGACUUAUAUACAUCCAGACUAGUAGAAGAAGUAGUCGACUCAUUAAAUAACAUCCUGCCUGCCCUUCUAUCAUGUCCAAACCUAACUACAAUAAACUUAUCAGACAACGCAUUCGGUUUGAGAACCAUUGAUUCAUUAGAACAUUUCAUCUCUCAUGCAAUCAAUUUGAAACACUUAAUCCUAAGUAACAACGGAAUGGGACCUUUCGCUGGUGAAAGAAUUGGGAAGGCACUUUUCCAAUUAGCUCAAUUGAAAAGAUCCCAAGACAAACACAUGUUAGAAACGUUCAUUUGCGGAAGGAACAGAUUGGAAAAUGGAUCUGCUUUGUAUUUGGCCAUCGGGUUGAAGAAUCAUAGAGAUGGAUUGAAAAUUGUGAAAUUGUAUCAGAAUGGGAUUAGACCAAGAGGGAUUGCAAAUUUGAUCCAUUAUGGGUUGAAAUUUAAUGAGAAAUUGGAAAUCUUGGAUUUACAAGAUAAUACGUUCACUUUAUUGGGGUCUAAAGUAUUAGCGGAAAAUUUACAUGUUUGGGCUGAAUCUUUAAGGGAAUUGAAUUUGAAUGAUUGUCUUUUGAAAAGUAAAGGUUCAGAGGAAGUCUUUAAAGUUUUCAAUGAAUUGAAAUUUGAACAUUUGAAAACUUUGAAAUUCGAAUAUAAUGAAAUGAGUCAAGAAACUAUUGAAAAUCAAUUGAUUCCUGCUUUGGAAAAGAAAAAUUUGCCUAUUUUGGAAAAUUUGGAAAUCAAUGGUAAUAGAUUGGAUGAAGAUUCUGAAGCUUUAGAUACUUUACAAGGUAUGUUUGAAGAUUUGGAAUUAGAUGAUUUAGAAGAGUUAGACAGUGAAGAUGAAGAAGAAGAUGAUGAUGAAGAAGAUGCAGAAAAUGAAAAGGAAACUUUAGAUAUAGUCGAUGUUGAACCAUUAGAAAAGGCAUUGGCUGAUGAAUUGAAUAUCUCAGGUUUAACUGAAGCUCUAUCUAAGACUGGAAUUUAA